AUUAGACAUGGAUUUCAGUGCAAAAAAGGAAUAAAUUAUUACUAAAUCUCUGCUGUAGUCAUCUACUUAGGACAUUAUUCAGUGAUCCUAUUUUAAACAUUAGAAUAUGUAAGCAAUAAAUUUUUGAAAAUAUUAUCAGAAUCGCAUAUGGAUGUUGGUAUCGCUUUUCACAUUUUUCAUCGCAUUAUUUUGGUUUAUCGCAACAAAAAUUGAUCCAACCGAUCCAGAAAUAUAUCAUUAAUACCGAUUAAAGGCAUAAAAGUAAUACAUAGAAGAAUAUACAUAGAGCAAAAUAUCAAACUAAGUUAAAUUGCUAUUGCAAAAUUUGUUUAGCCUUUGUAAAGGCGCCCUCAAAACAUUGCAAAUCUUGCAAUCGAUGCACUGACUAAUUUGAUCAUCAUUGUAUCUGGUUAAACAAUUGCAUCGGAGCACAAAAUUACAGAUAUUUUUUUAUCUUAAUAGUUUUAUUAGAAUUGUAUCUAAUUACUGUAUUAAUACUCUCGAUUAUGAUUAAAUCAAUACUUGGCUAUAUUGAAAUUGGCUUUACAUUUUUGCUACUCAUACCCAUAACAUUUUUAUUAGCCAUGCAUAUAUAUUUUAGGUUCAAGGGAAUAACAACUUAUGAAUAUAUAUUAUUGAAAAGAAAAAAAGUAGAAAAACCAUCCCCAGAGAAACUUGACGAGAAAAUGAAAGAGAAUACUUCCAAUUUAACAAAUAUUUAAACAAAUAUUAUGUCUAGGAACUACUUGUAAUAGACAAAUCUCAAUCCAUUAACUAAUAAUUAGAAGUCUCAAAACAACAAAUAACCAAUAGAUUGGGAUCAAGAGGAUGCAGAUGUUGAAGAUGGUUAAAGUUUUCAUGCCAAGGAGCCCUUACCAUUAUCAAGUCAAAAGAGCAGCGGCAGGUAAUUGGAUUUGUAGUGUAAUUCUGCCAACAGAAAAACUUGUCCCACCACUCAUCGGUAUAGAAUUUAUGCAUACCUUUUAGAGGGAAUAAUACAUCAGGCUUAUAAUUGACAGAGCAUAAACCAAUAAAGUCAUUGUUUAAUGUGAAGGAAGUUCAAAAUUUAUAUGAGGAUCAUAUGAUCAAUAAUGUAAAUGAAGAGUCUAUCAUCCAAUUUGAUUCGAAAAACUCAUAAAAAACUGAUUAAUUAGAUAUAAAUAUAUGAUCAAUUUUGAUUACUUAAACACAAUGUUGCUUCUUGGGGACUAAAUAAAAUUAAUCAAUCCUCCUAUGGCGUACUACAUUAAAUAUUUUGCAAUUAAAAAGGUUCUAAUCUAUACCAAUAACAAUUUCAAGGUGCCCAAUUUUAUUGUAUUCCUUCCUUUUAUGAAAAAAAUAGGUUAUAGACAAAUAAAUAACUGUGAUUAGAUAAGAGAUCGAUUUAUUGAGAAAAUAAAAUGAAUAACGAUUUUAAUCCUUUGAAGUAGAUAUGCGGAAUAUUGAGGAUUCAGCAUUGAGACUCUUUAAUGAUAUAGAUGAUUAGGAGAGACAAGGAAAGGAAGAUUUGUGUACGUCCUUUAUAUUUGUUGUGCAUUUGUUUUCACUACUGGCCUUUUUCAAGCCUCAUCGAGAUGAUUUUCAUGAAAAGAGUAAAAUAUAAAUACUAUUCUAGAGAAAUAUUCAUAAUGUAAAGCAAUAGAAUAAUAUAAUAAAAUGGAGUCGAGUGGGAUCUACAUUAACAAUUAGAAGAUAAACAUCGGUGUAUUUGUUGAUAGCUAUUUAUUUGAUGUCCCUCCAGAGAAAAUAUACAAUUAGCCUGCAAUAUAAGGGAUUGAACCUCCUAAAAUUGGAAAGUUUGAAUGGAAAAAAACCUAGCAACUGGAAAAAUAUGACAAUUUAGAGAAGGAUACCAAGAGUAAAAUAAGGGCAGCCAUUUCAGAGCUUGAUUUUAAACAAUAUAAAAAUGCACAAUAAUAAGUUCUUGCAGCUAUUGGAUUAUUAGAUGAUUUAUUAAAAUGA